AUGGCAACUCAAUAUUUUGAGCAUAGACUUGAAACUGGAAAUUUUUCCGAACAACCUCAUUUUCAAUUGAUGGAAUGGCAUCCAUCAUUGAAUAUUCUUGCUGUAGCUUCGAUUAAUGUUGGAACAAAUAUAUUCUUCUAUGGUGAAGAUGGUGAACAUGAUGAAGCAGCUCGUGUACAACAUACGAGUAAUGCGUAUUGUAUUGCUUGGCAUCCAGUUAAAAAAACAUUAGCUAUUGGUUUUUCAGAUGGUGAAUUAAUGAUAUGGAAUGGAUCAAAUCGUCGAUUAGAAAGUGUUAUUGUGCAUAAGGCUUGUAUCUCAUCGUUAGUAUUUAAUACUGAUGGAACACAAUUUUUAUCAGCUGAUCAAGAAGGUCUAAUAAUCAUAUGGAAAGCUGAUUCUUUGACUCAAAUAUCUCAACAGAGCGUUAUUUUACAAGUUAGUGUUCCUGGUGAAGCUGUCACUUAUGUAUUAAGUAAAUCAUCACCUGCAGGUCGAUCUGAUCAAGAUUAUCGUGAAUUAGCUCGAGCAGCAGUUGAAGGUGAUCAAACUGCAUUAGAUUUAUUGGCUAUGAAAACAAGUCGACAACAGACUAGUGAUCCAACACUAUUUUUUAUUGGUACAGAUAAAGGAAAUGUUUAUAUAGUAACAGAUAGAUUACGAAAAGCUUGUUCAGUUGAUGAUGGAGUAGCACGUAUAUUACAUUCAUAUGAAUAUAAUAUUCUUAUUGUUAUCACUGUGACAAAUAUGAUGACACAAUAUAAUAUUCAAGAAGUACAAGCACAAUCAGAAGUUUUAAUUCCAACACAAUCUGGAAAAUUAUCUGGUCGACCAACAGAUUCCGAUUUUACUUUAAUUGGUUCAGGCUUAUUUGCGUAUGUAACAGGUGAACCAACAAUACGUAUGAUUGAUCUUGCUUCAUCGAAUAAUCUUCUACUGAGAUUAAAUCCAGCAAUGGGUUUUGCAAAUAAUGAAGCUUUGAUUUCUGUAUCCUACAGUGCAAUGAAAGGAAUUAUUGCUGCUGGUACCAAUCGAGGAAAUAUUGCAUUUUGGAUUUAUACACCAAAUCAUCGUAGUACAGAUAUGGAAAAACAUUGGAAUCUUCAACGAGUCAAAGCAGUUUCCGCUGGAGUCCCUAUUCGAACUUUGAAGUAUUGUCCUCAACGAAAUUCUCUUGCUGCUAAUUUAAAUACACAACUAUUCAUUUUGGCUAAUGAAAAUAUGUCAGCAGCUUAUCGAGAUAAUCUUGCUGUUGUUCAAUUAAGUCCAACUGUAAUUCAUGUCGCAUUUUUUCGAUAUAGUAUUGUUAAAGAAGAAGAAUUAGAUAUGCCAUUUAAAAAUUUAUGCGUUUCAAAAAAUUAUGUUGCUGUUUGGAAUAAAAAACAAAUUCGUGUUUAUGAACUUCUUUGUGAUGCAUCUAAAUCAGAUGAUGAAAAAGUUGUUCGAACUGAGAAAGGUUCUUUUUCUUGUUCACCAACAAAUGUAAUUCUUUUCGAUCAACUCUUAUUCGUACAUGAAAAUGGUCGUAUUAAUGUUACGUCAUUUCAAGGUACAUCUCGACAAUCAUUAACAUUUGCUCAAAAUGAAGGUGAAGUUAAUAGAAUGAAUUCAAAUGCAUCUUUCCUUGUUAUUGGUUCAACCAAAGGUUAUGUAAAAGUUUUCGAUAUAUCUCGUCGUGAAUUACGACCAAUUGGAAAAACAUUAAAUAUUAAUUCACACACACCAUCUGUUGAUUCAAUACGAGAAUUAGCAGUGAAUUGUAAUGGAACAAAAGUAACAGUUUUAACAUCACAAACAAAUCUUCAACCAAGUAGUCGACUUUAUAUAUGGGAUGUUGAAAAAGAUACAGUGGCUAUAUUUGAUUUUAGCCUAGAAAAAUUACCAGGUACAGAGUAUGGUCUUAUUCGGCUAAAAGAUAAUACUAAUAAAAAUGCACCACAAUAUCGUCGUUAUCCAUCGAAUGUUCAAUGGGAUCCAGAAGACUCUCGAUUGAUGGCAUUAGAAAUUUAUUUACAUCAACAAAAAUUUGAUUUAAGUGCAUCAUUAAAUACAGAUGAUUUACUUUUAACAAGUAGAGGUGUUGGUGAUGGUGAUUCAACUAUUGCAGCUAAUCAUACUGCUGUUACAGGAGAAGCAUCUAGAGCAAAUCAUGAAGAUUUGGCUGAAUCAUUUAUUGUAAGUAUGUUUUGUACACCAGACAAUCAAAUAGUUCCAAAAGAAGUUUUUCCACGUCAUACAUCUUAUCGUCAAUUAAUGGCUAUUAAAAUUCCAUUUUAUUUCUUUGUUACACGAGAUAAACAUUCAGAAUCAAAUGUACAUGCAAUUAAAUCAACUCAAACAUUACAAGGAACCAAAGCUGAACCAUUGGAUACAACUGAUGACAAUCUUUCAAACAAAAACUCUCGUAUUCGUAUUCAACUUCCUAAACUUGAUACACUCGAUGCAAGUGGUCUUAUUCCUCAUACAAAUAAUCAUGAUAAUCAGUCAAAUGGUUUUUUAACUGAUUCCGAGCUUGGCGAUAGUAUUGUCUAUUCAGAUUAUUUAACUGGUAAAACAAUGGGAGAUUUUGUUGGUGUUAAUGGUCUUGAGAAAAAUAUUGUUGAAGCAAUUAUGAAUUUUAGUUAUCAUUUAACAUUAGGAGAUCUUGAUGCUGCAUUUAAAGCAAUAAAAAUUAUAAAAAAAGAAAGUGUUUGGGAAAACUUAGCUCGUAUGUGUGUAUUAAAUCGACGUGCUGAUGUCGCCAAGAUUUGUCUUGGUAAAAUGGGUUUAUUUCGUGGUGCACGAGCUUUACGUGCUAUUGAUCAAGAUAAUGCAGAUAUGAAAGUAGCUAUUUUAGCUAUACAUUUAAAUAUGAAAGAAGAGGCAGAGAAAAUUUUACUUCAAUCAAAACAAUAUGAUCUUCUCAAUCAAUUAUAUCAAUCAACAAAUGAAUGGGGAAAAGCUAUGGAUAUAGCAACAAAUUUUGAUCGUAUUCAUUUACGUAAUACAUAUUAUAAUUAUGCAAAACAUCUUGAAGAAAAUAAUCAAACGGAAAAAGCUAUUGAAUAUUAUGAAAAAUCUGGAACACAAGCAACAGAAGUACGAAGAAUGUUCAUUGAACGAAAAGAUAUGGCAGGAUAUAAAGCAUAUACAGCAAACAAAAAUGAUCCAAAAUUAUUUCGUUGGUGGGGUCGUUAUUUUGAAAGUCGUGGUAAAAUUGAAGAUGCACUUGGAUGUUACCGAAAAGCAGAUGAUAAUUUAUCACUUUGUCGAUUACUUUGUGAACAAGAUCAACCUGAUAAAGCUAUGGAAUUAUGUUCAGAUACUGGUAAUAAAGCUGCUUGUUACCAUAUGGCACGUCAUUUUGAGAAGAAAGGUGAUUUUAAACAAGCUAUUGCUUAUUUUCAACAAGCAUCAGCUAUUAGUAAUGCGAUGCGACUUUGUCGGGAUAAUCGAUUGGAUGAAUAUAUGGCUAAUAUUGCUGUACAAGGUACACCAGAUGAUAUGCUUGAAGCAGCACGAUACUUUCAAACAUUACCUAUGCAAGAAGAUCGUGCAAUUUUACUCUAUCAUAAAGCUGGAUUAACUUCGAAAGCAAUUGACUUAGCAUUUAGACAUGAACGAUAUUCAGCAUUAGCACAGAUUGCUGAUAGUGUUGGUAAAACUGCUGAUCCAACUCAAAUUACUCGAAUGGCUGAUUAUUUUAUGCAAUUAAAACAAUUCGACAAAGCUGUUGAUUUACUUGCUGCUAUUGAUCGAGUUGAUGAAGCAGCUGACUUAGCUAUAAAAAAUGAAAUUCCAUUAUCAGAAGAAUUACUUGAACGAUUAAGUCCUGCUAAACCUACAAAUGAAGAAGAUAUGCCUAAAUAUCAAGCUAUAUGUGAGAAAUUAGGUGAUUUAGCUGCUAGUCAAGGAGCAUAUGCUGGUGCAGCAAAGAAAUAUCUUGAUGCUGGCAAUAAGACAAAAUCAAUACGUGCUUUAAUACAUUCAGGUGAUGUUGAACGUAUAACAAUAUUUGCAAAUGUUGCACGUAACCGUGAAGUUUAUUUACUUGCUGCUGAUUAUUUGAAAACAUUGGAUUGGAAAAAAUAUCCAGAUGCAUUACAAAAUAUAAUGAAUUUUUAUAAAAAAGCAAGAGCAUAUGAAAAACUUGCACAAUUUUAUGAUAUGUGUGCACAAAUUGAAAUUGAAGAAUAUCGAGAUUAUACAAAAGCUUUAGAGGCAUUAAUGGAAGCAUAUAAAAUAUUAAGAGAUAAUGGAGAAAAUACAUUUACAAAAGAUGAAACAUUGCAAGAACUUGAAUUGAAAUGUCGAAAUAUUAAACGAUUUCUUGAUGCUAAAGAUCGGUAUACUAGUGAUCCUGAAACAGGUGCUCGUGAAUUCGCUACUUUAUUAAGUGAUCCAAAAAUAUUGACGGGUGUUCAUCCAGGUGAUAUUUAUGGAAUAUUAAUUGAACAUUUUGGACGACGUGAAAAAUAUAAACAAGCUGGAAUGUUACUUGAUGAGUUACAAGAACAUAUUUCUGAACGUUAUUUUUCUCAUUAUAUUAAUCCAAAUAUACUAUCGGCUAUCUAUACUGCAACUGGACGUAAAGUGGGUCAAGCAGAUAGUAACACAUAUAAUAAUGAUGAUGACAAUGAUGGUGACAACCAAAAUGAUCGUCGACGACAACAACAACAACAAGGACAAUUAGGAAAAAAUCAUGCAUAUGCAGAAGAAAUUGAUGACAAUCUCGAUUAUGGAUCUGUCGAUGAUUAA